AUGCAACACUCGGCAUCAAGUGCCUCCCUCUAUCAACCAUCAAACAAUACGGGUGUAGAGAAUGAAUUUAGUGAAAUUAUUCCACUGAUCACACAAGCUUUGAUUAGAAAUUUAACGGAUAAAUUAAAGGAAAAGAGAAAAAUUGGUGGAGAGGAAAUUGAAAGGCUUGUCUUGAAAUUAUUAUUGACUGAUUCGGAUACAUUAUCAACAACAACAACAUCUGUUGUACCAUCAAGUGAUGAUGAUGAUAAAUUAAAAAAAGGAGAAAUACUUGUUAAAAAAUUGAUUAGAUAUUUGACAAUCCACUUGAUUGACUCUAUUCAGCCAAAUAUGAAGAAAGGAGGAUUAUGGGCUUUAGGAUCUUGUGCAAUUGCUUUGUAUAGAGAUAUUGGAAAGUAUUUGGAAGAUUUGGUUCCUCCUAUUCUUCGUUGUUUUGGUGAUCAAGAUGCUAAAGUAAGAUUUCAUGCUUCCGAAGCUGUGUAUAAUGUAGCUAAAAUUGCAAGAGGAAAAAUCAUACCACAAUUUCAUGUAAUAUUUGAUGGAUUGUGUAAACUAAGUGGAGAUCCUGACACAACAGUUCAAAAUGCUAAUGUUGUCUUGGAUAGAUUGAUUAAAGAUAUUGUGACAGAAGAUGAAAUAUUCAAUAUCGAUCAAUUUAUUCCAGAGCUUAGUAAGAGAAUUAACACCAACGAUCCAUAUGUUAGACAAUUUUUAUUGAGUUGGAUUAUUGUCUUGGAUUCUGUACCAGAUAUUGAUCUGAUUGAGUAUCUUCCUCAUUUCCUUUCUGGCGUAUUUUUCAUGUUAAGUGAUCCUAAUAGAGAAAUAGUCAAUCAAGCCAAAACAGUUCUUGAUGAAUUUUUAACAGAAAUUGAAUAUUCCUACGAUUCUAUUGAUUUUGGUCCUCUCAUCAAAAUUCUCAUCGCUCAUUGUGAUGAUGCUCCAGGAAGUAGUCUUGCAAAACAAACAGCUAUUAUUUGGAUUUACAAAUUUUUGCUUUUCGACAAGAGAAAGGUAUUACCUUAUCACUCACAGGUCAUUGGUGCUAUUUUACCACACAUUUCCAAUAAUGAAAUGGAUUUGAGAAACGCCAGUACACAAGCUAAUAGUGAAGUUAUGAGAAUAAUAGAGGAUAAAUCAACACCAGAUCAAACUAUUUCAUUCAGUGAUGUGAUGAAAGUCAUCAAGACUGAAUUGCAAAAGCCUUCCAUCCCUAAUAGAAUUUGUGCUUUGAAAUGGUGCCACAUCCUUCUGAAUAAGAAUUUGGACCGUGUAAUGAAGCAUAUCGACAUUAUUUUUGGAUUACUUUUGAAAUCUCUAUCUGACCCUAACGAAGAUGUUGUUUCCCUAGAUUUACAAGUUUUGGCAAUUAUUUCAACCACUGAAGAAAAUUUCCAAAAGUUCUUAAGGUCCCUCCUUCAAAUGUUCCAAAAUGAUAAUAAUUUAUUGACCAAAGCUGGUUUUAUUUUCAGAAAAUUGAGUGUUAUGCUCAAUCCAGAGAAAAUUUUCAAAGAACUCUCAAAUAUCUUAUUAGAUACCAAACAAAGUAAUAUGGAAUUUACAUCAUCACUGGUCCAAACUCUUAAUAUGAUUUUACUUACCAGUAAGGAAUUGUUAGGAUUGAGAACCUCCAUUAAAAAGUCCCAUAGCUCUGUUGAAGGUCAAAAGCUUUUCCAUGAUUUAUUUAAGAGUUGGUGUCACAAUUCAAUUGCCACUCUUACUUUAUGCCUUCUUGCCAAUCAGUACAAAUUGGCAAGCUAUUUAGUUUCUAGCUUUACUGAAAUCGAAGUGACGGUGGAGUUUUUAACACAAAUCGAUAAUCUUGUUCAAUUAUUGGAAUCUCCAAUCUUUGUUGAUUUGAGACUUCAGUUGUUAGAGCCUCACAAACACCCUUAUCUCCUCAAAACAUUAUAUGGGUUGAUGAUGCUUUUACCUCAAACAACAGCCUUCACCAAAUUGAGCAAACGUUUAGAGUGUGUAAAUAGCCUUUGUAUGAUACAAAUGACAGGUCAAAAGAGUCUUGAAGAAGAAAAUUCAAAAGAAGACAAGAGUCUUGAAGAAGAAUUAUUACAACACUUCAAGACAAUGCAAUCCAAGUUUAGAACUAUUAAUGAAAUAGAAACUGAUUAAUUUAUUAAAUUUGUAAUUCAAUUCCCA